CAAAAAUUCAAUGCAUUUAUAAGCAGUGCAUUUGUUUAUUUAAAACAAGUUUUGUGUCAACUUAAUUACAAGUCUGAAAACUACAACAACAAGAAAAAUGUUGCAGCUGCAACUGUUGCUGCUGCUGUCGCUUGGCAACUUUAUUGUCGCUGCCGAUAAUACAAAAAGACCGCACAUCAUAUUUAUACUGGCAGAUGAUCUGGGUUUCAAUGAUGUGGGCUUUCAUGGCUCUGCGCAGAUUCCCACGCCCAACAUUGAUGCCUUGGCCUAUUCGGGUCUCAUACUCAAUCGCUACUAUGUUAAUCCUAUCUGCACACCUUCACGCUCUGCACUGAUGACGGGCAAAUAUCCCAUACAUACGGGCAUGCAACAUACUGUGCUGUAUGCCGCCGAGCCGCGUGGUCUACCUUUGAACUUAAAGCUGCUGCCACAAUAUUUGAACGACUUGGGCUACACCUCACACAUGGCGGGCAAAUGGCAUUUGGGCCACUGGAAACGCGAGUAUACGCCUUUGUAUCGCGGCUUUAGCAGUCAUGUGGGCUGCUGGUCGGGUCAUCAUGACUACAACGAUCACACAGCCGAGGAGCAUGGCUAUUGGGGCUUGGAUAUGCGCAAUGGCACGCAGGUGGCCUAUGAGCUGCACGGCGAGUACUCGACGCAUGUUGUAACGCGACACGCAUUGAAUGUCAUUGCCACACACAAUGCCACAAAGGGGCCGCUGUUUCUCUAUGUGGCGCACAUGGCUGUGCACUCGGGUAAUCCCUACAACCCGCUGCCUGUUAGCGAUGAUGUGCUGGCCAAGCUGCAGCAUAUACCCAAGCUGAAGCGCAGAAAAUAUGCAGCUAUGCUUACCGAGCUGGACGCCUCUGUGGGCAGCAUUGUGGAGCAGCUGCGCAAGCAGCAGUUGCUGCAGAACUCCAUUAUUAUAUUCUCCACCGACAAUGGCGGCCCAGCUGAGGGCUUCAAUCUCAACUUUGCAUCCAAUUAUCCGCUGCGUGGUGUUAAGAAUACGCUCUGGGAGGGUGGCGUGCGUGGUGCCGCCUUGCUCUGGUCGCCACGCCUACAAAAGCUGCCGCGCAUUGCUGAGCAGACUAUGCACAUUGCCGACUGGCUGCCCACGCUAGUGGAAGCUGCUGGUGGCAAAGCUGCGCUGGCUAAUCUCAGCUCAGCACAGCUAGAUGGUCAAAGCAUUUGGCAGUCCUUGGUGCAGAACGAGCCUUCGCCACGCAAAAGCAUCUUACAUAAUAUAGAUGACAUUUGGGGCAGCGCUGCGCUAACUGUGGGCGACUGGAAGCUGCUGCAGGGCACUCACUACAAUGGCAGCUGGGAUGGCUGGUAUGGUCCCGAGGGUAUACGUGAUCCGCAACUCUACUAUUGGGACGAGCUGCCCAAGUGUCUAGCAGGCAAAGCUAUGCACCAACUGCAGCUGCUGCCCAGUCGCGCCAAUCAGCAGCGUCUACGCUCUGCGGCAACUGUACAAUGUGCACAGCAGCCUGCUAAUCCUUGCCAGCCACUGCAUGCGCCUUGCUUAUUCAAUAUACGCGAUGAUCCUUGCGAGCGCAAUAAUCUAGCAGCGCGUUAUCCUCAGGUGCUUCAAUCGCUUUUAACUGAGCUAAAGCUGCAGAACUCCACAGCUGUGCCGCCAGCUAAUUUACCAGAUGAUCCUAGAGGUGCUCCAAGUCUUUGGAACUAUACGUGGACGAAUUUUGGUGACUACACUCCAGCUGCUGGCAGUAUGAUUAAUACCUUCUUAAGUUCGGUUAUCAAUUGUUUUUGGAUUUCACCUUGAAAAAAAACCCAUAAA